AUGGUGUGUGUAUGUGUGUCCCGCUUCUGCAAGAUCUCGCGUGGCCAAGGUUGGGUGCCUCGCGAUGUGUUCGGGACUUGGGGAAGCAGUCGUGGGUCGAUCUUGACCGAACAAAAGUGCAUCGACACUUGCAAGAGCCAGCGCCAGUGUGCCGCUUUCUACUUUACCACUUCCCGGACGCCUCGGUGUUGGCUCUUGAGCACGCCGGAUUCAUACUCGCCUUCGUACGAGCCAGAGUCGGCUACACACCGCGCCUUGGUUCGGGUGAAUAACUGUUCAGAGGCGGAGACCGGCCUCAAUAUUUCGAUCCCAGAAGCGCAGUACCUCCAGGGCGAGUUCUCUGUGACGAACAUGCACCACCACGAGCCCACCUACUUUCGUGCAGGACCCAAUGUGGAACGACAGCUGGUUCUGGCCCGAGGGCCUGAUGUGCAAUCAACCAACCACGAGUGUGAACAGUUGCUGACGGCAAUUAAGAAGAUUUCUGUUCAUUGUUGUAUCAUGCGGUGUUUCUUGUUGACACCAAGCAUGGGAAGGGAUUCAGCUGGAAGCUAUGGGUUUCUUACAUUGUUUUACACCACGACCCCUUGUCUCCAACUUGAGCUUGUCUCCUAUUCUGUCUGGUGGGAUGUUUCCAAGCUUGUCUCCCAGUUUGUCUGGUGGUCCGUGCUGAAGGAAGCUUGUCUCCUAGCCUGCGUGGUGUCGAAUCUUUCUACCAGCUUGGCUCCACUCAUCUCGCUGUGGUGGCAUGCCGGCAUGGCGUCUACUUGGGUCCUCCUGCACACCAACUCAUCCGAUUAUGAGGAUGAAGAGUCCGGCAACGCGCCCGAGUUCUUUGGGCAAGUGAUUGGUUGCAUCCAUUCUGACCUGGUCUCGAACGUUUUCUCUCAUGGGGAAGAGGCCUUUCAAUUGAACCUGCAGGAAAAGGAGGUGCAGGACGUGGACGAGAAGGAUAGACCUGGACUAAACCUAUCCGCAGUCGCGUCUUUGACCUUGCCUUCAUGUCCAAAGCCUGAUGAGGAUUUCAUCUAUGGGACAGAAGAGCGACCUGAUUUGUAUUCUUUGCACCCUUGCGAAUGCUUUGGUGCUGCCUUUGCAGAUGAAGCACCUGUGACUGAAACCUCUGAUGUAGCUGUACCCAAGGAUGCAGCUGGUACAUUCAACGUGGGACCGGUUCCAGACAUCAAGCUUCUUCAAGGCCCUUACACCUGUGAAGAAAACGCUCAAAUAGCACGUUUUCAGGAUGUGGGCCUGUCGGACUGCCAGCAAAAUUGCGAGUCAAGCCCCGACUGUAAGUUCUACAUCUUUGGCGAGGCUUCGGAUGAUUGCACUUUGUACAAGAGCUGCGACUACAUACAGCACGUUGGCCUGCAGAUCGUGAACAGCUUGUACGGUAAAUCCCCGAAGUCUUCGUCAUUCUGUAGAAUUGCCGACCCGGAGGGGUGCUGGGCAAACAUCAGGCGCCGAAGUAUGCUGAGUUUUAAGCCUUCAGACCUUCCUGAAUGCCUCUUCCAGAUGCAGCUUGACGCGUGUGAUGCUCUCCAACUUCUUCAUGGACAAGUCGACGGCACUUGCACGCGCUGCCUGUACAUUGAUGCGUCAACUCCAUUUGCAAGCAAGGGGCUGACCAAAGUACCACUUCCGGAGACCUUUCCUUCGGGCGCGCAGCUUGUGGCGACAUGCAACGAUACGUCCAGGAUGUUUGCCAAACAAGAAGGGGACCUAGUGUGGGAAGGGAUGGAGAAGCCGGCGAACUUCGUAUGUGUUAGCGGAAAGUGGGAAGGCUCCCCAGGCCCGGGGCAAUCCUUGGCGAACCUGAUGUGUGAGAGAUGCAUCCAAGUGGGAUCGCCAAGACUUCAGCUGUUGUCACGCAUCUCUAUGCCGGAGGUCUUCUUCUUGGAGCACAGAAAAGUACACGUGACAUACCCCUUUGCGUCACCAGGCUGCACUUCUGCCGUCCAGCAAACUCAGGCUCGUUUGCGCUCAACGUCGUCGGAGAUGUAUGUGGUCAUGGCUAAAGAGAAAAGGCAACACAAGCUUUCGCUUCAGCCGAACGCUGAUGAGGAUACUGACACUGUAUCCCCGCAUUGGUACACUACCCGCAACGGAGAGCUGAACACAGAUGUGAUCGGACUCGCGCAAAUCCGGGAAUUUCCAGACCAUGACUUGUACGUUGUGGAAGGCUCCUCGAGCGUUGCUACGUGGACCUUGCAAAACAACGGGUUGCUGAAAUCCUCGGAUGGAAAGCGGUGUGCUCUGGCUGUGGAUAAUGCCAUCCGUGCCGUCGACUGCCCAGAACAACCUGGCGAGGAGUUUCGAUGGUACCUUGCCGGCGGCGAUUGCAUUCUCGAUAUUUUUAUGGCCAAUACUGCAGCGAAGCUUUGGUCUGUCAAAGCGGAGACCGUUUCUAAAGAUUUCGUCUCGUUGGGUCACCUGGCCUUUCGCCCAGGACACUCCAGUUUGCACGGAGCUUCGCUAUUUGGAAGCUGUGAGGCAUCCAUAUCCGUAGAUGCAAAUGAAUCUGACGUCCCAAGUGACCUUGCUCCACUUGAUCUGCAAGUCGAAAGUGCAGAAGAACUUUCCGUGAAGGAAAGAGCGGCUUACACCCAUGUACCUGCACUGGCUGUUUAUGAUGGUGUGGAACACUUCCAGCAAAGAUACCCGAUCUUCAUUGCCUUGCCAGGCCAGGGGAAUGCCAAGAACACGAACACGACGGUUGUCGCACACAAGGUCGCAGUGCAAGCCCAACUUGUAGCCUCGAAAUGGCCCACAAACCAAGACCGGAAAGCCGAUCUGCUCAACCUGAACUGCCCGGCAUGGCUUCAGAAGUUCACGCAUGUCAACCCAGCGAUCGCUGCAAACUCAGCCAGUGGUGGCAUUGCUAUGCCAGAGCUGAUGAACAUCUACCAAGACACUUUCUACCCCGCUUCGCGGUACUCAAAUCCUACCGGCAUGCCCUUUGACUGCGAUUUGUCUGAUCAUUCUGAAUACGUUGGUGUGGACAGGUGCAUGCGCUUCGGUUUUCUGAGCGUGACGCCUAAUGGGGGGGUUUGGGGUUUGCGUUGUCCGCCUGGCUCCGUGGUGGCAUCGGACAAUUCCAUGAUGCCGUAUUGCCUCCAGCUUGGCGCCAACAUGGGUCCAGAGCAAGAAUUCCAAAGCUUUUCUGGAUCGAUGGAUUGUCCGGCGGGCAGUGCAGUCAGUGGGUGGUACAACUUGCCUGGAAUUCCGGUGAAAGCGAACAGUUCAAAUGGCCCCGGUAAUUUCACCGGAACUCGUCUGUGGUGUCGCUCUACACCACUGCUGUCAUCAUGUGAGCAGCCCACCGCAGCCUGGUGUCAGACCCCAGGAGUUGUGGUGAGUGUCAGCUUUGACUCCAAUCAGUUCAAGCUUGGCUGCUGCCAGGUGCAAAGGCGUUUGGGCAUGGCGCUGGGUGAAUACACGUCUCUCAGUGAGACAACGAAUUCUGCUGGCUAUUACUGCCCAGCCAGGAUAGACAACACGGGCGCGCCAAUCUAUUCCAAGGCCUUCAUUGCCAGCCUGGGUGAACCAGAGAAUUCAUCCCAGAAAAACGGAUGGACAGUAAAAUGGGACAGAUGGAAGGAACGCUGGCUGCUGGAAGACCCUGAAGGGACUGCCACCGCGUUCUUGCCUGGAUCAGCAUUGUCGCCAGCGUGGAUAAAUGCAUCCGGCUUCAGUUUCUCAGCAACCUUUAUUGAGCCUCUCACUGCAGCCUACCUGACCCAACAGAAGCCAGAUGGUCCUUUCCCGAAGCAGAAGCCUACUAUGCCCAAGCUGGUGCCGUUCCGUUCAGAGCAGCCAGACUACAAGGAGUAUUGCGAUCCAGCUUUUUUGGAAGAUCCUUCUCAAUAUCCGGCGGCUGAGUCGAUGGCCGAGACCAACCCUUGCUAUCAUGUCUUCAACUCCAUGCCAGCGAAUUUGGAUCCAGAGGUUGAUUUACCGAAGGGUAUCACCGAACAGUCGUUUUGGCAGUGCAGUGAGCGAAGCAAGAGACGGACCUUCAUGAGCGCACAGACUCAGAUCAAUUUGGGUCAGGAGGGAAGAGAGAUCGAUGAGAAAUUGAGCUGGUGGGGGAAAGUGAAGCUGACGGCUGAACUUGCUGGAGCCAUUCUUGGAAUGAUCCCUUGGGGAAGCUGGUCCGCGCCGAAUGAGAAAAGUGCCGAAAUUGCGCAAGAGAAUGUCAAGGAAAAGGUGGAAGAGGAGGUGAAGAAGACCGUGUCGCAAAAGAUCAAAGCGUUCUGGAAAGAAAAGCUCGCGAACAAGGAGUGGUGGUCCACUGGCUUGAAGAAUCUCAAGGAGAGCACCAUGAAGAACAUCACCAAUGGCGGGGCUUCCUAUGCUUUUAAAAAGGCUGGGAAGAACAAGGUUUGGGACAAGAUCACCGCGUUCCCCGGCAAAUGGUCGGCGCCCGGAGCUCCGAACCCUCCAAGCCCGGGACAGUGGGAGAACAUGUCUGAGGAGCUCAUCAAACAGACGGUCCCGGAGCUGAAUGGGGACUACGACAAGGACAUGCAAUCACUGGCUGAUGCGAGCUGGAAAGAUUGCCUUCCGUUGCAGUUUGGCCUUUCCAAGGUGAUGUGCGACCUGUUCUGCAUUCAGGAUUCUGUUCGUGCUGGCACCUCAGCUGUGCUCAGCAGUUUGCAGGACUCGCAUGCGGUCUUGAUGACGAACAUGCAAGCAUUGCUGAACUACCAGACGCAGUUGUUGCUUUGGACCAUCGGUUCAGUGCUCCAGCCCCAAGAGGCAAAGAAAGCUGAAGCCGACGUACUCUCCGCACCAGCACUCUUGGAUGGAAUGCGUCAGUUGGAUUUGACCCACUUGACCUCUGAAGGGCUCAAUUUGGGCUUGGAGGUGUUGGAUUGGCACAAGACAACUGGGGAUCAGCUUCUUUCUCGUAUGGCUGGGAUGUUCAUCAAUGUCUCCCUGCAAAAUUGGCCCCACCGUCGCCAAGCUAUGAAGGGCAUGCUGCAUCAUUAUGAAAGAAGCCUUCAUGAACGCCUUGGUGCGUCUGCUUCCUCUGCCCCUCAAAAGCAGAUGAACCGCAAGCUGGAGCACUUGCGUGAUCAAAGCUUUGGUCAGCGCGAAGCGGCGCACGCCGUGAAGUCUUUGCAGGCACACUCCUCGCCGCGUAUGAUGUCGUGGAAUGACCCAGCUUCUGUAAGUGCUUGGAUGUCAAUCCUGGAGUCGUUUCUGCGGUGUCACGAGAAACACGACGCCUUCACCAUGCUACAUUUGAAGGCAUUAGACCAGGUGGAGUACGCCGUCACUUUGGCCAAGAACUUCUCGCGGUGUGAAGGUGCAGACACCGUGGCGUUGCGGGAGUCGUGGCAGCGAGCCAUGAGGGCUGAGGAGCGGAGUAACGAGGCACUGUUGGAAGCAUGGUCUGCCAGCAUCGCGACUUCGGAGCAUCUCGGCCUUGUCAUGGACCAAGGCUUCCUUUCCCACCUGGUGGCCAACCUGGAGUUUUCUGAAGAGGGUCCCUUGGAAAGGUGUGAGAAUGGGACUCGAAUUGCUCAGCGCCUCUACGGGCAUGCGGUCUCAGUGGCGGUAUCCGCUUUGCAGCCUCUGGCACUCCAAUUGAACACGUUUCAGGUACUGGCUACCUACCAGGAGUACCAGUUGAAGCACCGGAAGUUACGCUACAUUCCUCUAAACUUGGAUACAUCAGAGCUCAAGACUGUCUUGGCCGACAUCUCGAACCCAAAGACACCAAAUGGUCGAGCAUUGGCCUUGAGGGCCGUGAAGACUUUAGGGAAGCAAAUGUGUCCGGAGAUUCUGAGGGCGGCUGAUGACGCUGUCGAGUUCCUACAACCAGAAGAAGCGAGCCUUCUUCUAUUAUCCUGA